AUGCUCUCGAUGCGCUUUUACAGGAGUGCACGCCGGAAAGCGGCUAUUAUGACGGACUCGUCCUCGCACGGUUCUCGCAGGCCUUCUAGCACACAACCUGCACCCGACGCGCUGUUGCAUGCCCAUCACCACAUGACAGCGCCGCUCGUGACGGUUGAAACAUUGACUGAACACAUCGCCCACGGUGAGCACUUCCACCGCCACUUCUCACUCGGGCGCACUCGUCCCAUCGCCCCGAUCGGCCAACGAUCGCCCCUGCGCAAGAGCCCGCCCCCGCCCCCAGCCUCGACAACUACAAGCCAAAAAAAAACGUGGAACGGGUUCAUCAAGAGCACGAGCCUGUCGCAGCUGCUGCCUGCCGUGGAGAAGUUUCUUACUUCGGACAGGCGUAACGAGACCAUCCGACCAAUCUUCUGGGCGAACCGCACGAAGUCCUACUUAUCACGCACCGAGAACUGGGACGAGUACCCGAACGGUCGAUUUGGCGACUCUCGCAGUCCAGCGUACGGUGGGCUCGACCGCUACAGUAUCUGGAUCAAGCAGUCGAAAGAAGACGCGAUCAAGCUCUGUGACCACCCGACGCCUGUCUGGGCAACCUCUUCCGCAAGUUCUGUGUGGGCCAGUGGUCAGACCAGGUGCCGUCGUCCGAGACAAGCGUGGUCGGGCCCGUCGAAUGGGUACAUGUACCAGAAGAUGUGCACCCAUUUACGGUUGUUGACAAGGAUUGUCACAGGUGUAACUGGAGUUCUUCGUGUCGCCGGAGCUGCUGGACGCGCUCCUGCCACACAUCGAGUGCGCGUGAACAUCACGUACUAUGUCAUCAACAAGCGUGGCGACCUGCGGACGAACACGCACUCCGAAAUCGGAGGUUUUGGCGCAAGUGAAGAUCAGGGUGAAGUCAGUAAGGUGUGGGACAAGUACUAUGAGGCUCUACACGUCUAA